AAUCGAUAGAUAUUUUUUUAUAACAGACAUCUGGAAGCAGUGGAACAGGUUUGGAAAUGGUCUCCGAGAUGAAACAUGAAGAAGAUGAAAAGGACGUAGUUGUCUUUUCUAAUUUACGUGCUGAAAUUAUCAAAGAUCCGCUUGGUGGAGAAGUGAGAAUCACAUCGUCGCAUAGACUUCCUCGUCUUGUGAAGGAUUCAGAAGACAAUACGUUAAUAGAAAAACAAUGGCGUCAGUUGAAGAAAGUAUUUGUCAACCAGAUAUAUGCGGAUACAAAGGAAAAUGGAGGCUUACAAAUUAGAAGUUUUAUAUUAAAAAACUAUUAUAAUUGGAUAAUGAAGUCACGGGGUAAAAUAGAUAAUUUAUUAGAAGUGUCUCUACAAAGUAGAGUUUUAUGGUUUUUAGAAGAGUUAACUGAAGUUUCAUCAAAUCCGUCCAUUACGAAAAUGGGCCAAUUAAUGGAUUCCAAUAAACAAAAAUUAUUAGAACAACAUUUACUUACGAAGAUGGAUCGUAUGGUGUUAAAUAUGAAUACUGUUACAACAAUGCUAAAGACAAUGAAAUUUGAAAGUCUAAAUCCUGAACAGUUUGAUAAAUCAAGACAACUCGGUAUUACACAAGAUAAUAAUUAUAAAUUUCUGAGACAGUUAGUGCCAGGUAUUUUUGAAGUAGAAGACGAAAGUAUUACACAUCUUGCCCAAUUAGAUCACUUUAGUAAAACAGUUCACAAAGAAUACCGUGAAAUAAUAACUAAUAAAGCACAAAAAUAUUUGGAAAAAUCAGUGGAAGAAAAAUCCGACAAAAAUUCCUAUUACGAUACGGUAAUUAAUAAUUGGCAAAAAGAUUUGAAAAGCUUCGAAAAAUUGGAUAUAUUAAAGAAACCUAUAGAGCAUGACUCUGCUAUUGCAGAAUUUAUAGGGGAUUUAUUUACCAUCCAAAGUAGAAAGACAGAAAUAUCUAAAUAUGUUGAUAAAAUGCCUAAGAAGAAUGAAGAUAUUAAGGUUGGAAAAUUUGAAGAUUUUGUAUAUUUUGUAUUAACAGAAUUAGAAAAGGCAGAAAAGACAGAGGAAGCUAAUAUUCGAAAAUAUAAAGACCACAUUAAAAGGUAUAAAAAAUGAUAUUUCAAAGAUAUCGUGGAUAAUAUAAGUGAAGAAGUUAUUAAUUCGAACAAUGUUAUUUUGAAUAUUUCGUUUCAAUUUCAAAGCGAGAUUGACCAAUUGGAAGAAAGAGAAAAGAGAAGAAAAUACAUUAAGGAACAUUUCGCUAAAUUUACAAAAGCUUUGGAAAAUUUCUGGUUACGUAAUCUAGACUUUUUGGAAACCAUUACUAACAACAAUAGUGCUGAGAAACAAGUGUACGAAGACUCUUCAGUAAAUGAUAAUGACUUUUAAUUAUUAGAUACACAAAUAAGUUCGUCACAUGUAAAAACAAUAAUGAAAGAUAGCGGAGAAACAAUGUUGUAGAAGGUUGAAGAUGAAACUACUCAUAUUCCAGAUAAUCAGAAAAUUAUAUCGAAUACUGAUCAUUCCGUUAAUCUCAACAUAAACAAUCAUAAUAUUAUGUCCUCCAAUUUACCUAGAGAAUUUGAAGACAAGGUACGAACAUUUAAAGAAGAGAAAAGCGAACAUUCUAUUCAUAUUAAACAAGAAAUACAAACUUCUUCUCAUGUACAGGCACAUGGAAGUAAACAUAUCGACGAUGAACUGUAAUAAAAAUUUCAAGCUUCAAGAUGAAUUAUAAAUAU